UGCCGCUUCUUACGGUAAGCCACAACGACGGCGUCGACCACGGAACCGGGGAGGGAAGGCGCUACGACGACGGUGGCGGCGGCGGCGGCGGCCGAGAAACAACGUCUACGGACUCACAGCGAGUGUAGCGUUGAGGUUAUGGAUAACUUCGUGAAGAUCGAAAAAAUAGGGGAAGGAACUUACGGGGUGGUGUACAAGGCCAAGGACAAGCUGACUGGGAAGCUGGUGGCACUCAAGAAGAUUCGCCUGGAGACGGAAAGGGAAGGCGUUCCUUCCACCGCCAUUCGAGAGAUAUCGUUAUUGAAAGACCUCGCUCAUCCGAACAUCAUACAAUUAUACGACGUCGUAGAUGGCGACAAGCACCUGUAUCUUGUAUUCGAAUUUCUGCAGCAGGAUCUGAAAAAGUUGCUCGACUCCGUUAAAGGAGGCCUAGACGAGGCACUCGUGAAGAGUUACCUCCAUCAGUUGCUGAAGGCGAUUGCCUUUUGUCACCUUCGUUGUAUAUUGCACAGAGACCUGAAGCCGCAGAACCUGCUGAUAGAUCGGGAGGGUCACAUCAAACUGGCUGACUUCGGUUUAGCCAGAAUGAUCGGCGUUCCUGUGCGCACGUACACACACGAGGUCGUAACGCUUUGGUACCGUGCGCCCGAAGUACUUCUAGGAACCAAACUGUACACCUGUGCGUUGGAUAUCUGGAGUCUUGGCUGUAUUUUCGCGGAAAUGGCUACCAGGAGAGCUCUGUUCCCCGGUGACUCCGAGAUAGAUCAGUUGUUCAGGAUAUUCCGUAUACUCGGCACACCGGACGAAACGAUCUGGCCAGGAGUUUCGCAGCUUCCUGACUACACAUCCCGAUUCCCAAAGUGGGAAGGAACUGAAGUAGGCAAUGUUAUACCGUCCUUCGAUGAAGACGCCAAAGAUUUACUUUCGAAACUGCUUACGUACGAUCCUAAUCAGAGGAUAACUGCGAAGAAAGGGUUGACUCAUCCUUAUUUCAAAGGAGUUAAAUUAGUUCCACCACCACUGCCAAAGAAAAACUGACCGUAGAUUUAUGGCUGAUCGACUUUUAUAUAUAUAUAUUUUUUAUAGGUUUAUAUAUAAAACUCGAUUUCUCACGUAACAUAUUUCCGAAAACCUAACUCCACUGGACUAGUAAAAGUGUGUUCAUUUAUACUACAAUGUUGUAUUAUCUAAAUAUACACAUCUAAAAAAAAUACAUAUAUAUAUUUUUACUUCUAUA